GCGCGCGCACGUGCAGCGCGCGGGUGGACGCGUCUCGGCAAUAAGGGCGCGCGCACUCAACGUACACAUCACACACUUGAGUUUGCACGAGAGAGUGCAGCUUGCAGUCGGUCGCUCGGUCGGUCGGCGGCGAAGUCAGUGCGCGCGAGUCCCGCGUCGGGCGUCGGGCAAGCGGGAGCGUUCGGAUGCCGACGCGAGCCUUAUGACUUUAGCGCGGGCUGCAAAUGGGCGGCACGGGUGGCAACCUCUACCUCGGCAUGUUGAGCGGCGCCACCGAGGCGCACAAGAGCCCCGAGGUGAACGGACACCCGCACCGCGGCGGGGGCAAGGACCCGGCCGAGCUCAAGACGGCCAUCCAGGACGCGCGCUUCUACUACCCGGACACCCUCGCGGGCGGCCAGGACGCCCUGGCGCUGCAGUACCACCCGGAGCAGGCGCUCGGCGGCUUCGGCCCCGCGCAGCCGGUGCGCUUUUACGCGCAGACGCUCGGCGGCUGCGCCUACGCGGGCGCCGGUUCGGAGUCGCCGCACAGGGGCGCCGCCCGGAUGGGCUACGGGGACGGGUUCCCGUCGUCGCCGGACGGCUUCGGAGCGGCGGCGGCGGCGGCGGUGGGCUACCAGCGGGCCGCCCUGUACCCGCUGCCCGGCUUGCAGCUGUGCGGCAAGACGCAGGCGCUGCUCAACAAUUAUCCGCUGUGGGCCAAGUUCCACAACUUUCACACCGAGAUGAUCAUCACCAAGCACGGCAGGAGGAUGUUCCCGUUUCUGAGCUUCAACAUCAGCUCGCUGGACCCGUCGGCCCACUACAACGUGUACGUGGACGUGGUGCUGGCCGACCAGCACCACUGGCGCUACCAGGGCGGCAAGUGGGUGCAGUGUGGCAAAGCGGAGGGCAACAUGCCAGGAAACAGGAUGUACGUGCACCCCGACUCUCCAAACACGGGCGCCCACUGGAUGAGACAGGAAGUGUCCUUCAGUAAGCUCAAGCUCACCAAUAACAAGGGCGGAAGUAACAACGUGGCGCAGAUGAUCGUGCUGCAGUCCCUGCACAAGUAUCAGCCGCGUCUGCACGUGGUGGAGGUGAAGGAGGACGGCAGCGAGGACGCCUUCCACGUGUCCAAAGCGCAAACCUUCGUCUUUCCCGAGACGCAAUUCAUCGCCGUCACCGCCUACCAGAACGCCGACAUCACGCAGUUAAAGAUCGACCACAACCCCUUUGCCAAAGGCUUCCGCGACAGCUACGACAACUUGUACGCGGCGCCCGACCACGAGCGCCUCACCCCCUCCCCGACGGAGAGCCAGCCGCUCUUGGCCGGGGGCUGCUACCCGGCGAGCUACCUGUCGGAGCCGUACGUCAACCCCCCGCCCCAGGGCCGCUUCUACGGCCGGGAAGCGGCGGCGGCGGGCGGCCAGCAGCACAAGGACGGCCCCUCUGGCCCGGGGCCCCACUGGUACGUGCCGUCCCAGCAGGCCGCCGCCCCCAACCGCCUGGACUUGGCGUCAUCCUUCGAGGGCGACUUCUCCGGGAAUGCCCUCUACAAGCCCUUCCCCUUACAGAACCCCCCGCAUCCGGCCCUCAGCUACUACCCCGAGCGCCCGUUCGCCUCCGGCAGCGUGUCCGCCACGGCGGCGUGGACCGGCGCCCGGGCCCCGCCUCAGUACCUGGCCAGUAAGCCGGCCCCCAGCCUGGCCUGGUUCCGCCCGUUGUCUUCGUCACCCGCGUUGCCCGGUAACGCCCGUCUGCACGCCGGCCCCCUGCACCCCGCCCCGCCGGAGCCCCUCCCGCUGGCCGACAAGGGCAAAGACGCGGCGGAGGGCGAGCAGCGCUGGCUGGAGCCGCCCUCGUUGAAAUCGCCCGACUCGGUGGACUCGGCCCUGUUUGAGGGCGGCGCGGGCGACGCCAAGAAGAGGAGGGUGUCGCCCUACACGUCCAGUACUGAGAACUCGCCGCCGCCCAAUCACGGGGCACAGCUGUGCGACAAAGAGGCCAAUUACUUUGGCUAUUAUGCCCACUGAGCCACAUCACUUGGGACCCCCCCACCCCACUGGCUUGAUAUCCAGCUUCAGCGCCACGUACUUUUUUUGAAUUUGGCGGUUGUAUCCUCAUUAUAGUCCAAAACAAAAUUGUUCUCAGCAACUGAUCAUUUCACCGUGGUCUCUUCACCCCCCCCCCCCCUCCUACAUUUCUACAGGUAGCAGGCUCAAGCUAGUACAAAUAUCUCGCCCGUUUUUUAAAUUGGCACGAGACGGUGGACAGCCUGUACAUUCAAAAUGUGACAAAUGGUCGCGCCCGCGCUAAAUUGUCUCCCCACCCCGAAGGGGG